AAAGAAGCAUAUCUAAAAACAAAGUAAUUUAAUCCGGCCCAUAUUCGCGUUUCAUUAUUUAGGCGUUUUCCAUUACAUUGGUCCUCUUGGGGUGCCGUAACCAGAAGACAAACAUUCAGCCAGGCAACAUGGAGGUGUUUGCGAUUUUCCCUUCUCUUCAGUCGAGGAGUUUAACCUUUUCUCUUGGAUCAACUGUUCAGAAUUUAGUCGACCAAUGUGCUUCUGAGGAUGGUAUCCCUGCAGCAGACCUGUAUGUCAAAAACAACGGCCGACUGUCCUCCACGUACGACACUCUUCAGAAUGGCGCCGUGUAUCGCCUGGAGCCCCGCUUAUAUGGUGGCAAAGGAGGGUUCGGCUCCAUGCUCAGGGCGCUGGGUGCCCAGAUCGAGAAGACGACCAAUCGCGAGGCCUGUAGAGACCUGAGUGGCAGGAGACUCAGAGACGUCAACCACGAGAAAGAGAUGGCAGAGUGGUUGAAGAAGCAGGCUGAUCGUGAGGCUGAGAAGGAGCAGCGGCGAGCUGACAGACUGCAGAGGAGACUAGCUGAGCCCAAACAUUACUUCAGUGACCCGGACUACGACCAACAGUGCCACGACCUCUCAGAACGCCUCGAGGACUCUGUACUUAAAGGUAUGCAGGCUGCCUCCAGCGGUGUGGUCCAGGCUGAUGAGGGCUCCAGCCGGAAGCGUCCCGCUACUGCAGCUGCUGCUGCUGCACCCGCUGCACCCAGACCUGCCAAGACCAAGUGCCUGUGGACGGGUAUGGAAGACCUGGGCAGCUCUGAGGAGGACAGUGACGAUGGUGACGUAGACGUCUCUCCAUCCACAUCCUCCAGCGCCUCCUGCAGUUCAGGAGGACAGGGUGCAUCCAUAGCCAGAGGGAAGAUGGCCACAGCCACCGUUACACAGGUGAGUCAGCAGGAGGAGUCGUGUUCCUCCUCCAGCUCUGGCAGCAGCUCUCCAGCUCCACGCAGACCCCCAGCAGAGGAAGAGGAGGAGGACCAGGAGACCCACCACAUGCAGGCCCAGGCAGCCGCUGAGCAGGCCCAGCCGGAGGAGACCCCGCAGGGGAGCACGUCAAGCGAGGCUCAGGCUCCACAGGCCUCAGUGGAGAUGGAGAAGGUAGACAACAGCAGCAGUAGCAAUGCACAGGCUGCAGAGGCGAAGCCGGCAGGCCCAGUGGAGUUGUCCACAGUAGAGAGCGUUGAGCAGCUGGAGGCAAUGGGCCUGGACUACCUGAAGAGGGAGCUGUCGGACCGCGGCAUGAAGUGUGGAGGCACCCUACAGGAGCGAGCAGCGCGUCUCUUUGCCGUCAGAGGGAUGGACCCUGCAGACAUAGACCCCGCCCUCCUGGCCAAGCCCAGCAAGAAGACCGCCAAGAAGAAGUGAUGCGUAGAGUAGGGAGGGGAGGAGUUCAGGAGGAAGAGGAGGAGGAGGAGGAGGAGUGAAGAGAGUAGCCCAGCCAAAGAUUUUCUUAGUAGAGUAAGAUGAUUCAAACUCUGCCCACCCAAUGCAAAGGAGUGUGCUCAAGUUUGGUCUUCUAGGAGGGGGUGUUGUCCCCUCUGUCUUAUUGUCUUUCUGUGGCGUUUGGUGAUGGCUUGCGUAAGAUCUGCGCUACCGCCAUCUACAGUGCUAUGAGAACUCCAUGUAAUCUCUCUCAAUCUAAGUCCCUAACUGAAGGUCUCCUAAAAGGGCUUUCAUUCGACGUCACAUGGAUCCAGGAAACUAACUGGCUUGAUGUAACUUGCUCUACUAGGGGGAUCUUUGAGUGUAGCUGCAAGUUAUUCUAAUUGUCCUUUUCUUCGCUUUCCGGCCUUGUAGCACAAGCCUUGAUGUCAGCAAUUUCACCCGGAUGUCUAGUGAAAAAAUAUAUAAUUAAGAAGUCAUUCUCUCAUUUUUAAUCAGGCUAUAGAAUGGGGGAAGGCCCACAAAAAAGGGGAUUCUUCACUGUUUGAUAGCGGGGAAUUUUUUUUAUUUCUUUUUCAGUAUGGAGGAAGGGUGACACUGAGGCAAGAGACCAGUGGCGGGAGGAAUUAGAAUGACUUGCAGCCCUGUAUUUGUGAGAGUGGGGUAGUAUGAUAACAGAUAUCACCGAUUGCAGACAUUACAGCACCAGAUUUAUUAGACUGGGGUAGUAUGACAAGGGUGUACUGGUGCCCUGUUGUCUGCAAUCAUUGAUGUCUUGUGUUAUUAUUACUUUUCAUUUUAUUUCCCUGCUUUUUGUUAUGUAACUAACUUCAUUUUCCACAUGUGGGUGUAAUUUGCUCUCCAUACAUGUGUAAAAUGUAAUGUUGGUUAUUUUAUUUCUGUGCUAUUUUUGCAAAUGUGACACGUAAACAUAGUGUUUAGGACAGAGUGUUUCCCCAUUCAUGACAGAGAAUUGUGGAAAAAAGAAAAUGUCAAAGUUUAAGGGUUUUUUUUAAUUGUGUUUUUUUUUCUUGACUGAGACAUGCUUGUAAAUAGGGACUUUUCAAAUAUCGACGAUACAAAUGUGGCUUUUUGUAAUAUUCUUCAUGGCAACAUCAUAGUAAGCUGUCUGUAAUGGAAUAAAAAAACACCAGUUUUAUUUCCA